GUAUAUAUUUUAUGCUUAUGGUCUAAGUUGUUCCCCAAAAGUUGUGACAACACCUCCAUCACAACUGACAUCAAAGACAGAAACCUCUGCCCAACCCAAACCCAACGAUACCCUCACAACAGUCCCAACAUCUACGGUUGUGACAGCAGCUCCAGCACGACCAACAUCAAAGGCAGAAACGUCAGGUCAACCCAAACCCACUGAUGCACCUUUUAUAUUUUCUUCACACACUGCAACGCCUCCAACAUCAGAGAAAAGAACCUCAAUCCAACCCAAACCCACUGAUAAUCUCAUCACGACCACUACACCUACUUUAAAGACCGAAGCUUAUUUGACAUCACAGCCAUCAGUGACGGAGAUCUCUGUCCAUCCUAAACCCACCGACCUGCCCAUAAAUAUAUCUACGGCCACUGGAAUUACUGAAUCUUUUCUAGCAACACCACGACCAUCAGAUACAAAGAUUGUCUGCACACUCGUUGCUGUGAUAGUAGUCCUGUCUUUGCUCCUGUUUGUGGGGUGUUUCCUGGUGGUGCUACAUAGGAGGAAGCGCAAGAACAAAACUGUGAUGCCUGGAUGUCCAAAGCAAAACAGAGAUGACUUGAAAGAAGAAGGCAGUAGAUCGAGUUCAGCUCAGUCUCCAGGACAGAACAGAGAAAACCAUCACUGGGACUCAGAGGUGGGAUGGAGGACAUCCUUUACUGGAGUCCGAGCCAAGUCAGCUAAUGCUAUUCUCUUUACGUCUCCUUUCUCCCCACCCAUGAAAGAUCAAGUGACUUCACAAAAUGAGACAGAGGCUCAGUUGAAAGACACAGAAAACCAAACUGAAGGAAAGCAGAAAGUGGAGAGUGAAACUGAAGUAGAUGGAGGAUUUGAGACAGAAAAAGAGACCACUGAAAACACUAAACAAGCUGCUGAUGGUAUAAAUCUAGACAAAGAACCUUACAGUGUUGUCAACACUGACACUGUACCUUAUCUGAGCAUCGGUACAAGCCAGAAAAAUCCAGAUGAUUUCAACAAACUGUCCACUGAUGGGUUGGGUCAAAGAUCACAGACGAGAAGAGUUAUGGGGAGGAUCUCCACUUGGCCUCCGACUGCAAUUCAGUGGCAGGCAAGAUGUAAAAUGAUGAAGGAGAAGGAAGAGGAGCGCUCUGAUGCCUUCACUGUUUGGACACCAAAGUUUCCAAGUGAGGUUAAGAAAGUGUCAGACAAAGUGGAGCAUCCUUCCGGUUCUGUCCUUGACCAAAAGGACAAGAAAACUGAGAAAAAUCAAAUAGAAGAUCCACAAAAAUUGAAAGAGGGACACACUCAGUCCCCAAAACCAAAUGACAAGACCACUUCUUUUAGUGAGGUCCAUGACCACACUGAUAUGAAGCAAGAGGAGCAGCUAAACAAAGAGGAGACAAGCCAGGACCCUGCCACUGUAAGGCAGACAACUGGUGAAACCCAAAAUCUGAGUCAGGAAAAACCAAAAAAUCCAAAUCAAGACCUGAAACCUGCAGAAAAGAACGCCAGCAAGAGGACCAUCAAGGCAGAACCCAAGAGAGCUGUGACCAGCAGACAGAGGCCAGAAAACAGAGGCACUGGCUCAAAGGCUCCCUCUGGUGGCUCCACACCAGAUGAUGAAACACUGCUGUCUGGCAAUGAGUACCCCACCAUGGACCUGCUGCAUGAAGUUGUGCAGAACAACGGCCGUUGGACCAGAGAGAGGUGGAGGCAGAUACAUGUCAACAAGCAGCGUCUUUAGGACAGAGGCUCUGACUCAAAGUUUAAUGUUCUGCACACAAAAUAUGACAUACUAUAAUCUAAUUAAUCUAAUCUACUGUAAAGUCAACAAUUAAAGAAAAAGCUUUAGAGUUGCUAGUAAGUGGAUUCUGGUACUUUUGUACUAGGCUAGUCCAGACUUAGGGCAUGCUAAGCUAAGCUAAGCGUCUCUUCUUAUUUACCAUAUGGAUAUGAAAUUGGUUUCAUCUCAUCUAACUCUCAGCAAGAAGCGUAUUUCUCAAAAUAUCAAAUGGUUCCAUUGAGAAAUUGAUUUAUUUCAAAUUUAAUCUUUGUGACUAUGUAAUUAAAUAGAUAAAGUCCAUAUGUGAAUGGAAUAAUAGCACUCUUAAUGACACUUAACAUGUGAUUGUCACAAUAUUCUUGAAGAACUGAGAUGAAAUAAAAAGAUCUUUUCAUACAUUUCAUCUGGCUGCAUGCAGCAUUUAUUUGUUCAUAUUUUAUGUCGAGAAGUACACUCGUCUCCCAUAAGAAAUAGUACAAAAUGGAUCAACCCCUUUUUUGACAAUGACUUAAAAACAUAAAGUGGAGGUAAACAUAAUACGUAGGCUUUUGUUAACACCUAGACAACAUGCAUGUUCCAUUCAUAUAAAUACACAGUAUCAAAUAAAUGGCUCCAACUUGCAAGCAGUUGACUUGAUUAUGGGUUUCUCUAGCCAUGGGACAUCACGCUAAAUGUCCUGCUAAAUGUACAAAAUUAUCGUUCUUGGCAAGCUUUAUAUCAAAACAUGCUUUUUAAGUGUUUACAUGCCCCUUGUGGUAUUGUAAGUAUGGACAAUAGGAGAUCUGAAGUGAACUUGUUGUGGAGUGUGAUUUGUCAGGCGUGAGGACCUAGGACGAUGUUAAAUGAAUGGAUCUGAACACCGAGCGUAUCAUCCAUCGUGGUCGCUCACAUUUUCACUCCUCAGCUCUCCUGCCCUGUAAACUGACACUUGUGAGAGGCCACUGAGCAAAGAUCAACAGCGUAUCUCAAUGGGACUCUCAGCAAAAUACAUACUGUUUACAUA